ACAGACCGACCACCUGCUCCCACCGCUUUUGGCCUGCUCAUCUUCUCUGGAGCGCGCUUUCUUUGUCUGCUGCCGGCCGGACAGAAACCCAAUCCGCUUUGCACACAAUCCUCACACCUCGAUCCUUUGCGUAAACACGGCAGCCGAGUCGAGACUGCACUCUCCAUCGCUCACUCGCUAUUAGCUUCCAUUGUGAACUGCGCCCAAGCCUUAUUUCGCCAUCCGCUUCCCAUCCCAAGCUAUCAGAGCCGGAUUGUCCGGCACGCGACCGCCAACUUACAAAGGCCUGCAGAGGCGAGACGAGAGAUCAAUCAACGAGCCAGCUCAGUGCCACAACAAUAGAGAUCGCGCUUUGUCAAUCCAUCAGCCAAACUCGAUCACUAUUUUAAUCGCCGACCUUGGAUUGAAUUGCCUUUUACCGCUUGUCCUGCUAGCUUCGACAGGACAUACUCCGCUUAGGCGGCCUCUCGCCGGAAAAAAAAGGAAAACAUCGACGCGAAGCCUUGCGCCAUCUACCACAGCCGUAGACGCUAGCAAACAUGGUCAAGGAAACAAAACUCUACGAAGUGUUGGGCGUGAAGCCCGAUGCUACCCAAGAUGAGAUCAAGAAGGGCUACAGAAAGCAAGCCCUGAGGUGGCAUCCCGACAAGAACGCCGACAAGCAAGAGGAGGCGGCUGAAAAGUUCAAGGAGUGCUCCCAGGCCUACGAGAUCCUGUCAGAUCCAGAGAAGCGAAAGACAUAUGACGCAUAUGGCCUCGAGUUCCUCCUCCGCGGGGCCCCGCCCCCGCCCGAGGGCGGCAGGGAAAACCCGUUCGCAUCGGGAGGCAUGCCCGGAGGCUUCGGCGGCUUCAGCAACAUGCCCGGCGGCGGCGGCGCCCGCUCUUUCCACUUCAGCACUGCUGACAGCGCCGGCGGGGGCUUCAACUUCAGCGCCCCAGAGAGCAUCUUUGCCGAGUUUGUGCGCAACGGCGGUAGCGGCAACAGCGACUUUGAGGACAUAUUCGGCGCAUUUGGUGGGGCAGGCGCCAGGGGUAGCCCCAGAGGAGCUGGCGCCAGUCCCCGCAACCGCGCAUCCUACGGGGACCCUGCCGGUGGCAGACCGGUGAGGGAGCGCACGCCCGAGGUCACGACUGUCGAACGGCCCCUGCUCGUGUCGCUCGAGGACAUGUACCACGGCGCCAAGAAGAAGAUGAAGAUCAAGCGCAAGAUGUUCGACGACACCGGCAAGCGCACAACCACGGACCACAUGCUCGAAGUUCCCAUCAGCGUUGGCAUGAAGAAGGGUGCCAAGAUCCGGUUCAAGAGCGUGGGGGACCAGGAGGAGGGCGGCCAGCAAGACCUGCUGUUUAUCGUCGAUGAGAAAGCACAUCCGCUCUACACCCGCGACGGAGACGAUUUAGUACACACUAUCGAGCUCGAUUUGAAGGAAGCCCUGACGGGCUGGAAGCGGACCGUGGUCACGAUUGACAAGAAGCAGCUGUCCAUCGAGAAGUCGGGCCCUACACAGCCUGGCUCCUCCGACACAUACCCCGGCCUCGGCAUGCCCCUCCAGAAGAAGCCGGGACAGAGGGGGAACUUUAUCGUCAAGUACAACGUCAAGUUCCCCACCUCCCUUACCGCCGAGCAGAAGGCAACACUCAAGGAAAUCCUACCAUGAGCUGGGUCCGGGUGUGCCGGCAAGGCAUUGUCGGGAUCGAAGCAACGUGGGCUUUCUUGGGGUUUCGGCACAUUCUCCUUUAUCAUAGCAUCAACCAACCAACGGGCGACAUACUAGACACGAGCGGCGUGUUUGUGGGACUGGGCGUUUAUAGGCGUGCUUGGGGUUGUCUCCUUGUUUUGGUUUUAUACAUAAUCCUACAGCCGUAGCUAUUUGGGGUCGUGGGUGGAGUUGGGGCAUUAGGUGAUUUGAUUAGGUACUCUUUUGAUAUGAAUCUAUAUCUUUUUUGGUACAUCCUAUCUAAGCA